CGACCAAACAAUACACAUAUUCGCCAGCCAAAGUCGAAAGCCUGCACGUUCAAAUAUACCACCGUGCCCCUCACAGAAAUAGCCCUUACACCUCCUCGCGUACGGCACACGGAGUGCUGUAUGGUCUCGAUCACAAAGGGAGCGACAGAAGGGCCUCAGGAAGAAUCGAAGCCUUCUGUCUCCUUGGUAAACGCUAGCUACCUCACCAAUCCAGCCCACCUUCGAACCACUGUUCUCUACAACUUGACCACUCUUGUCACGGAGCAGCGUCCAAUAUAACGUCGAAAAUAGAAUUUCUCGGCAGGAUACACCCAGCAUGGAUGCGAAUGCGAACGAUGAGCUGUAUCCUAUAGCCGUGUUGAUUGAUGAGCUCAAGCACGACGAUGUCAUACUCCGACUCAAUGCUAUCCACAGGCUCUCGACAAUUGCGCUUGCGCUAGGGCCGGAGCGCACACGAGACGAAUUGAUACCGUUCUUAGAUGAGUCGGUCGAAGAUGAAGAUGAAGUCCUUACAGCGCUUAGCGAAGAGCUUGGCAAUUUUGUCGAGUACGUCGGUGGCCCGGAAUAUGGCCAUGUACUCCUUUCGCCGCUAGAAAAUCUCGCUGCGAUCGAAGAACCCCUCGUACGAGACAAGGCCGUCGAAUCUCUGAACAAGAUCUGCGUCGAGCUCUCGCAGGAGCAAAUCGAACGACAUUUCAUCCCGCUCGUCAUUCGCCUCUCAAAAGCAGACUGGUUUACCUCAAAGGUAUCCGCAACGGGUCUCUACUGCGUUCCUUACUCGAGAGCCACACCACCCGUGCAAGAAGGGCUGCGCGAACACUUCCGUUUGCUUGUGCACGAUGAUACUCCCAUGGUACGCCGACAAGCCGCCACCAACUUGGCAAAGUUUGUAAAGGAGAUGCCUGCUUCGAUUGUGAUCGAGGAGAUGAUUCCUUUGUUCAGACACUUGGCUGGAGACGAUCAGGAUAGCGUGCGUUUGCUUACUGUAGAAGUCCUAAUCGCCAUUGCAGAGGUUGUUCCGAAGGAGCAGCAGUCGAGUCAUGGUGUCUUGCUUACUGCGCUUAGAAGUCUAUUCGAGGAUAAGAGUUGGAGAGUUAGAUACAUGGUCGCCGAUCGCUUCGAGAAGAUUGCAAAGGCAGUCGAUGAGGAGGUUGUGAGUCGAGAUUUAGUCCCGGCUUUCGUGAAACUACUCAAGGACAACGAGGCUGAAGUUCGGAGCGCAAUCGCUGGUCAGAUUCCGGGAUUUUGCCAGUUGUUGGAUCGUGAGACACUGCUGCACGAUGUUAUGCCCGCAAUUGAAGAGCUAGUCACGGAUUCAUCGCAACACGUGCGCGCUGCUCUCGGCAUGCAAAUCAGCGGUCUUGCGCCGAUUUUAGGCAAGGACGAAACAAUACACCAUCUCUUACCCAUGUUUCUCAACAUGCUUAAGGACGACUUCCCAGACGUACGUCUCAACAUAAUCUCUAAGCUCGAACUUGUAAAUAAAGUCAUUGGCAUCGAAUUGCUCUCCCAGUCCUUGCUUCCCGCAAUUGUCCAGCUUGCUGAGGAUAAGCAAUGGCGUGUGCGUCUUGCCAUCAUCGAAUAUGUACCCCUCCUUGCUAGCCAGCUGGGUGUCAAAUUCUUCGACGAGAAACUGAGCAGCUUGUGCAUGAGCUGGCUAGGCGACACUGUCUUCUCCAUCCGCGAGGCAUCGACGCAGAACCUCAGGAAGCUUACCGAAGUAUUUGGGGUUGAAUGGGCCAGCGGUGCAAUCGUACCCAAAGUCAUUGCCAUGGGGCAACACCCGAACUAUCUGUAUCGCAUGACGACAUGCUUCGCUAUUUCCACCCUUGCCCCUGUGCUCUCUCUGGAUGUUAUUCAGAAGUCUAUUCUCCCCAUGAUGGACACCCUUGUCAGCGACGACAUCCCCAACAUCCGCUUCAAUGUGGCGAAAUCGUACGCUGUGCUCAUCGAUGUGCUUAAGCGUCUUCCAGACGACGGCUCAACGGUUGCUGCCGCAGAGAAGGAAGGAAAGGCCCUCGGACCCUCUCCCAAAGGCCAAGCGCUUAUCCAAGACAAGAUUAUGCCUAACCUCGAAAAAUUGCAGCAGGAUGACGAUGUGGAUGUGCGGUAUUUCGCCACAACGGCGGCACAGAAGUUCAACGACGGCGACGGGGAGGCAAUGGAGAGUUAGAGACGCACGUACGUACAAUUGCAUACAAUGGGUCUAGGGUGAUACAAAGAGGCUUCCCCGUGGAUGUCUGCUAAUGUGACGAUCUUGACGUUCGUCCUUUUGGGAGGAAGGUGAGGGUAGAAUCGUACGACAUGAAAGAUCAAAGACGACAAAAAAAACACCGCCUCAAGAUCAUUUUUCUUCCUUUUCUCAGUCAUAUAUGCAGGAUUAAACUUUCGAGAUGCAUUUGCUGCCGGAAGAGCGGGAGCGAGCGAUCUGAACGAAACGUAUAAAACCACACCUGGGGACGGGGGAGGAACAUCAAAAAUCCGCCUCUGCCCCGUAACAUUUGUGCUAGUACGACGGAUGGAUGGACGAAACGGACUUGUGUAGUUUUGUUCAAAGGUCAUUUUGCGCGCCAAAUCUCCGAAAAAAAAAGAAAAAAAAGACGUAGAGCCCAUUUUUUACUGUGUUUGAAGGACACCAUGAUCAGAGAUGAUAAAAUGUUUUCUCACACUCUCAAUCUCUC